UGCAUGUACAUGUACUACCUGCUGGGCUACCGGCUGGCCGCCCGGGCCGACCUGAGCGAGCAGCGGAAGCGGAAGAUCGCCAACAACACCUUCGUGCUGGCCCUCGACGGGGACAUCAACUUUCAGCCGGUGGCGGUGCACAUGGUGGUCGACCUGAUGAAGAAGAACAGCAAGCUGGGCGCGGCCUGUGGGCGGAUCCACCCAAUUGGCGGUGGGCCCAUUGUCUGGUACCAGAAGUUCGAGUACGCCAUCGGCCACUGGCUGCAGAAGGCGACGGAGCACGUCUUUGGCUGUGUCCUGUGCAGUCCGGGCUGCUUUUCGCUCUUCCGGGCGAGGGCCGUCAUGGACAAGAGCGUGAUGAACAAGUACACGACGAAGCCGAGUGAGGCGCUCCACUACGUCCAAUACGAUCAGGGCGAAGACCGCUGGCUGUGCACGCUGAUGCUGCAGCGAGGCUGGCGCAUCGAGUACUGCGCCGCCUCGGACUCCUACACCCACGCCCCCGAGGGCUUCGGCGAAUUCUACACCCAACGCCGCCGCUGGGCCCCCUCCACCAUGGCCAACAUCCUCGAUCUACUGGGCGACUACAAGCAGACCGUGGACCGAAACGAGAACAUCAGCCUCCUCUACAUCCUCUACCAGGCCUUCCUCAUGGUCGGCACGAUCCUCUCCCCGGGGACCAUCUUCCUCAUGGUCGUCAGUGCGAUGAACAGCGCCAUGAACCUCGACUCCCGAACCUCCCUCCUCGCAAACGUCAUUCCCGUCCUCGUCUUCACCUUCGUCUGUCUGAAGUUCAAGGAUAACGACAUCAAGAUCAACUUUGCGAUGCUGCUAUCGCUGAUUUACGCCCUUCUUAUGCUUGCCGUCAUGGUCGGCAUCGGCAUUGACAUGUACCAGCAAGGAAUAUUAUCACCAAAUGCUUUAUUCUUCAGCUGUAUGAUGGGCAGCUUCCUGGUGGCGGCCAUUAUUCACCCUCAGGAGUUCAGCUGCGUCCUCCCCCUUCCUCUGUACAUGCUUCUCAUUCCGUCGAUGUACAUGCUCCUCACCAUCUACUCCGUCACCAACAUGCACAUCGUCGCCUGGGGCACGCGGGAGGUCAAGUCGAAGCUCUCGGCGAAGGAGGUGGCCGCCCAAAAAGCAGAAGAGGAGGCAAAGGCCAAGGCGGCGGCUGAGGCGGCGGCAAAGAAGAGCCUGUUCAGUCAGUACCUCGACGUUUCAAAACGAGCCAGCCUGCUCACCAACUCCAUGCCCGCCUCUGGGGCGGAGACGCCCUUGGAAGGGACCGACAGCGGUCAAAAUAGCCUCUCGCCGGUGGAGGAGGCCUCCAAGGAGGGCUCCGAGGUGGACGACGCCAUCGAGUCGAUCAACCAGGCGGUGGAGAAUCGGAAGACCUCGAACCCGAUUCCCAAGUGGAUUCGCACCAACAAGCGACUGUCAACGUUUAAAAUUCAACCCCUCCACGAUCGAGAGCUCCACUUCUGGCGCACCAUGAUCGACAAGUACCUCCUGCCGCUGAUUGAGAACCUGGCGGAGAAGGAACGCAUUAGCAAUGAGCUGAUUGACCUUCGCAACAAAUCGGUCUUCGCCUUUGCCUUCAUGAACAUUAUCUUCAUUCUCUUCGUCUUCAUGCUGCAGCUGCACAAGGACGUCUUUGGCAUUGACAUUCCGGUUGGCAUUGCCGGCUACAAUCGGACGUACAAUGAGGAGGAGAAUAGCUGGCACGUGGAGACGAUAGUAAACAAGACCCGCAUGGACCCGAUCACCCUCUGCCUGGUGGUCUUCUUUGGGGCUAUUCUCAUUAUUCAGAUUAUUG